AUGACUGGAGACCGACUACUACCUCACGCGGCUGCAAACCCAUUGGAGGCACAAAUUCAGGGCCUUAGUAAGAGACGAUACAGGAGAGAGGGCGGGAAAUGGACACGCACUGGCUGUUUGACAUGUAAACGUCGCCGGAAAAGAUGUGACGAAUCUAAGCCUGGAUGUCGUAGUUGUGCUAGAUUAGGGCUACAAUGUGAGGGAUAUGGCUCAAUAUGGGCAGAGCCCUUGAACCCGUCUGCACAGGUCUUCAGUCAAACAAAACCAACAAAGCGCAGGAGACUUAGCACAUCGUCUUCCAGUUCCUCAUCCUCCUUGGGACGAGCCAGUGUGAGCUCCACAUGCUCAAGCUCCUUAUGGCUACAUUACCAACCAACUACCCCUACCACUUUCUCAGAUUCUGGUAAUAGCGAUAUGUGUUUAUCGAACGUCGAUGACACUACGGAUGAGGUUGAUCAGAUGCCAGCACAUACCACUGCCGAGAAUGGUGACCUCGCUAUAAUGACACUCACGCCCUGUAAAUCCCUCAGUCAUCUUUCGCACUCAGAAACGCACUAUCUUCAAUACCACAUGGAGCUCGGCUCCAAGUUACUCGCAAAUCUUGAGAGCGCCGACAACCCUUUGCGGUCUCUGAUCAUUCCUCGGGCCCUAUCAUCUUCGCUCCUUAUGAAAGCUUUAUGCGCAGUAUCAGCGACGCAUUGUGCGAAUCGAAUAGCUGCCCAUUCAGAAGCUCAAACUGCUGCCACAACAUAUUACAUUCAAACCCUGAAUGGGCUACAAUCUGUGCUCUCGGAAUAUCCCACUGGAAGAUUUCCUGAUGAAGCUAUUCUCGCGGUGGCUUUACUCUGCAAAUACGAGAUUGUCCGUGGAAGCGUUAAGCAGUGGGUAGCGCAUCUGAAUGCUCUUCAGAAGCUAGUCAUUGCACGGGGUGGGUUUGGGGCUUUGCAUCAUGAUACCCGGGAGUUCUUGAUGGGCUUCUACAUUUAUGCUCAUAACGUUGCUAAAAUCAGUAAUCGCAAGCAAAUCACCUCCAGCAUGCUUGAUAUGGAGGACGUCAGGAUCACCAAACUCGAUAUAUACAUUGGCUACGCGGAAGAUCUUGUCAAACUCUGCGCGAGGAUCGCUGAUCUACCUUCCCUGAACCAUGACCCUGUAGCUUUGGGAAUCGAAAUCCAUGCAAUUGAUACUCUACUGCAUAAUUGGACGCAUCAGGACAUAAGGUACAUCAUUCCCGAGGGCAUCACAGAAAUGAACCUCUGUCGCCUCCGCAUGGUCGCAAAUUGUUUCCGCGAUGCGGCAUACAUCUACCUCCAUUCAAUCCUGGAGAAGAUGAGCAAGGGUAUGAAAACCACCUUUACUGCAGGCCCCUGGUCAGCUGUGAUCACUAUGACGAGGUCGGAUGCCCUGCAGAUGCUUCUGGACAGGAUCCGAACGGCCUCACCCCUCGAUGCCCACUGCGAAUAUUCGGCGCUCACAUUUCCUUUGCUCAUUGCGGGCUGUGAGAUCAGGGCACCCGAGGAUAAAGAGCUUAUCAUGACAUGCUUGAGUAGCCUUGAGGUCAACUUCGGGAUUGGGAAUGUUAAACGAGCGAAGGAGAUGCUACAAGCUCUAUGGGCUAUGGAAGGAGUGCAUUGGCUGGACUUGCUGGAUCAAUUACAGUGGGAUCUCAUACUCGCUUGA